AUGAUUGCGCCCAGGUUUGAGGAUGCGGCACUUGGGGUGCUGGAUGAGGUACUAGAUGCAGACGCACUAGCAGCCAGAACCGAGGACAAUACAGUAGCACCUGUAGGCUCUAUAGCCGUGGAUGUGUCAGAAUUUGAAGAAACCUGGGGAUGUGAAUGUCUCUGGGACUGGGGGUGUCUCCAACCUGCUGAUAUUGCUGAAGUAAUAGAGGCUGUCGAAGAAGCUGCAGAUGCUGUCGUAGACGGAUCCGUAGAUCCCGACAAAGUGGACGUAGAGGAAACGGAGGUGGUUCUCGUCGGUAACACACCGAUGACCCCAGCUGUGGUCAACGAGAGUGUGUCAUCCUCUCCGUCGUCUGGACAAACGCCCGUCGUACAUGGAUCAGUUGGGCAGCAUCCACGAAAGCUGCCUGCUGAGCAGACAUACCACUGCGCAGUCCCAGUGCAAGUAUUAAGGUCUCGAGGGACAAGAGGCCCGAGUGACUUGAAAGACUCCGUCUCGAACACCAUCCUCAAAUAUCAAGUCUCAUUCACCGAAUCCGAAACAACUCAAUCAGAUCGCAAAACACAGCACUUAUGCUAG